AUGCUUAUGUUAAGGUUGCUAAUAGGUAUAGCAAAAGGUGUAAGUGGUUUCGCAUCGGCUGGGAUAUUCCCUCUUGAUCCGGAAAAAUUCACAGAAGAAGAUUUUGCAGUGCGACUAGAGGUUGAACAGAGAUUACCUGUUAUAGAAGACAAAGAUGUUGCUGUUGGUGUAGCCUUGAGGGAUACUUCAAUCUCCAGAGUCGAGGACAGCCCAACUACAGCCCGAAUGGAUACGGAUAUGAACGAAGACCUAACCCCAGAUCACAUAGAUGUCGGGUCUCUGUAG